AUGGACAAAAAAGCAAACAUUUCAGCCUUAAAGCUGCUAGUCCAAGAGGAUGCAUUUUUAACAACCAAAUUCCCAUACGAUUUAGAAGAAUACUUGGAAAGGUUUCUUAAAGGCACCGAUUUUGAUGUAGACAAGGCCUUAGAUAGAAUUAAAAUGUACUAUAAAACGUCAAACGAGUAUCCUGAUUGGUUUAGAAUAUCUCCGCCUAUUGAUCAGAAAAAAAUUAUUGAGGCAAAUAUACGAAUAUGUCUUCCAGAUACUGACAGAGAAGGGAGACCGAUUUAUAUUGUUAAACUGGGUAAGGGAGAGGUCAAUUUGGCAUUAUAG